UCUCUAACGAGAUAUAUAAAAUAAUUAAGGAGGUGUAAUGAAUACCAGCAUAUAGAGACAUUAAAAGAAACAAAGGUGGAGGGACUGACUUUAUAAAAGGAAAGAGUUAAAUUAAUAGUUUCUUUCAUUCUUCUUCUUCUUCUGCGUGUUUGAUGGUUUGUUGUAGGUGAUGAUCAAGCAGAAAGGUGAGGAGAGAUUUGGAAGAUGGAUUGCUCAAUCUGUAGCGCGAUGCCAUUCAUUCUAAGGCCUCCGAGGAAUACGAUAUGCGGAGCCUGCUACGAGGCAGCCAGAAGCUUAAUCACCUUCACUAACAAGCUUGAAGGUGGUGAUAAUGGAGUCCUCGCUAAAUCAACUAUUGCCACUACUGUUAAUUCUCCAUCAAUUUCGUCCAAGGGGUUUGCAAAUGCACUAAAAUGUUUGAAGGAAAUGAAGGAGUUGGAGGAGGAACUGAAUGACAAGUUGACUUUCCUGGGUGGUUUUGUUGCUGCUUUUAGAGAUCAAAUUCACACUGAUAUUCAAGUCAAGCCUGGCAAUAAUGGACCCCCUAUACCUGCACAUAGGGCAUUACUGGCAGCAAGGUCUAAUAUAUUCAAGAACAUGCUAGACUCGGAUGGAUGCAAAGCUCCGCCAAGUUACGACACAAUCAUAGCACUACCAGAAUUGAACUAUGAAGAGCUAGAGUCACUCCUGGAGUUCCUCUACAGUGGAAGCUUGCCUAAAGAGAAGGUGGACAAGCAUGUCUACUCAUUGUCGGUGGCGGCCGAUAAGUACGACAUACCAUUCCUGCACAAGUUCUGCGAGCAACAAAUGUUGGGGUCAUUAAGCUCCUCCAAUGCUCUUGAUGUGCUUGAGAUUGCAGAUGUGUGUUCUAACCAGGCACUGAAAGAGACUGCUCUUAAGUUCAUUGUCAAGAACAUGGAGGACAUUGUUUUCUCGCCUAGGUUCGAUGCAUUUGCACUCAAGAACCCCCAUUUGACUGUACAGAUCACUAGGGCAUCAUUCAUGGACAUCAAAAAUAGAAGAAAUGUGGUUUGAUUUGAUGAUCUCCAUUCAGAUUAAAAUCAAGCUUUUUUAUUUUUUUAUUUUAUGUUUCUAUUAUCCAAUCCAAGUAAUGCUUAUUUAUAAGCAUAUAGUCAAGUAUGGGUGACAAUUCGUGUUUGUAGGUUAUAAUCGUGUCUUGUCUAAGAUUAUUAUAUU